ACCGACGUCGCUCCGCGGCACACGCGGCGAGGCGUAAGAUUAGAUCAAAUCGCCCUCCGCAGGCACCGGAGCUCAAAAAUUGGAGGCAAUGACGCCGCGGUAAGCCUUCGAUCGCAGCUGCUUUCUUUGUCGCCUUCGCCUUCUUCUUCGCUUCCCCCAACCGAGAGAGCCAGGAGGCCAAUCGAUCGAUGUUCCCAUGAUAUCGAGGAGGAGACGUGACUGAGGAGGAAGAGACAGCUUGUGGAUAGAAGUAAACGAAAGGGUACGAAAUCGUCCUCGGGAUAGCGCCGCUUCGUGUCGGAUACGCCACUACUUAUAGAUAGUGGAAAGCCUUCGAUUCCCUUCCAAUUUUCCUCCUCCUGCUUAUUUUGGAGAGGGGGUCCUGGUGUUGUUGGUGGGCUGGGGGAACCGAUAGGAUCGCUGUCCUCAUCUUCCUCCUCGUUUCUUUGAUUCCGGGUUUGGGAUACUGGUCGGCGGUUUAGUGAAUCCUGCGCCGGAUCUCGGGCAAUCUGGUCGGCGGAUUGGAGAUUCGUAUCCGGAUUUGAUGUUAUUCUGAAAUUCUUUUCAUGAGGCUUGUGGGGUGAUGUUCUGUGCAGUGUUUAAAUCUUAACAUACAUAUGGUGUUUUCUAAUCUAUGCAUGCUCUGAAAUUUUCCUUUAAAGUAGAGAUGCUGAAGUCUGUCCAACAACACCCAAAUGUUACUUCACCAAGAGGAUUUCUGCAUCAGUCUGUUCGUCGAGUGAGUCGCAAACAUUCUCAUGCUGCAACCAUGCAGCAUAAAUCUCCAAUAGUGUUUCCUGAAAAAAGAGGCAAGGUAAAAUCUUUAAGGCAAAUUGAUGCAAAUGGUGUUAAUGAAGGUCCUGUAAAGAUGAAGACACAUGAGCACAGGAUAGAUAUUGGCGAUGAGAAGUCUGAUUUGCUAGGAUAUGAGAUUUUCUCUGGGAAGCUUUUUCUAUAUAAGAAAAUGAGAAGUACAAGGGAUGAAGAGCAAACAGGGUCAGGAACCGUAAACUCUGAUAGCAUUGAUGCAAAGCUUACAAGCAAAGCUCUGAUUUGGGGUUCUCAUGUGUUAUCUCUUGAAGAUGUCAUAUCUGUUUCUUACAAGGCUUGUUUUCGGCAUUUUACCGUCCAUGCUUACCCUGUCAGAAAAAGGUCAUGUGGGAUUUUUUGUUUAUUGAAGCCACAAAGGUCUCAAAAGGACUUUUGCUUCUUAGCAUCUAGCUCAGAGGAAGCAAUUCAGUGGGUCCAGAGCUUUGCGGAUCAGCAAUGUUACAUAAAUUGCUCACCUCAUCCAAUGGUGUCUGGCAAGAAGCAGGACUCUGAUGUCGUGGCCAGUGUGCCUCUCUAUGGCAUGCCAUAUAUCAAAUGUAAAAGUCCACCAAGGAUACUUGUGGUGUUGAAUCCUCGUUCUGGGCAUGGUCGUUCAAGUAAAGUAUUCCACAGCAAAGUGGAACCGAUAUUUAAGCUUGCAGGUUUCAAAAUGGAAGUGGUUAAAACAAAAUAUGCUGGUCAUGCAAGAGAACUUGCUUCAACUGUUGAUUUCAGUGCUUGCCCUGAUGGAAUUAUAUGCGUUGGUGGGGACGGAAUUGUGAAUGAGGUGCUCAAUGGUAUCUUGACUAGAGAUGAUCAGAAGGAAGCAAUAUCUAUUCCAAUUGGUAUAAUUCCAGCUGGUUCAGACAAUUCACUGGUCUGGACAGUUUUGGGAGUAAGAGAUCCUAUUUCUGCUGCAUUAGCUAUUGUAAAGGGAGGACUUACUGCUACAGAUGUUUUUGCUGUUGAAUGGAUUCAGACUGGAGUCAUUCAUUUCGGGUCAACUGUUUCAUACUUUGGCUUUCUUAGUGAUGUUCUGGAGCUAUCUGAAAAGUAUCAGAAGCAUUUUGGUCCACUGCGUUAUUUUGUGGCUGGUUUUCUCAAAUUUAUGUGCUUGCCAAAAUACAGCUUUGAGGUAGAGUAUCUACCCAUGUCAAAGGAGAUAGGAAACUCCGAGGGAAGGUUAUUAGAAAAUCAAGGGAAAAAAGAUAUUUCAGACAUUUAUACAGAUAUAAUGCAGAGGUCAACAAAAGAGGGAAUCCCAAGGGCUUCCAGUUUGUCGAGUAUUGACUCAAUCAUGUCUCCUAAUAGAAUGUCUGGUAAAGACAUGGACACAACAGGUAGCACAAUUGCCAGCAUUGAGCCGUCUGAUUAUGUCCGAGGACUUGAUCCCAAAGCAAAGCAGAUGUCUUCAGGUAGAAGUAAUUUAGUGGAUGAACCAGAUGAAGUUAUCCACCCCCAACCUCAUCUUUCUGCUAAUUCUAACUGGCCAAGGACCAGAUCAAAGUCACGGACAGACAAAACUUGGACUAGAGAGACCACUACAAAUGAUUCCAGGUAUUCUUGGGCAGCCACCUCGUUGUAUGAUAAGGAAGACAUUUCAUCAACAGUGUCUGAUCCUGGACCUGUAUGGGACUCUGAACCAAAGUGGGAUGCUGAGCCUAACUGGGAAGCUGAGAAUCCUAUCGAGUUGCCAGGGCCACCAGAUGACAUGGAACAGGUGAUGGAGAAGGUUCCUGUUCCAAGUCUGGAGGACAAGUGGGUUGUCAAAAAGGGCCAAUUUCUUGGUGUGCUGGUGUGCAACCAUUCAUGCAAAACUGUCCAGAGUUUAAGUUCUCAGGUUGUGGCACCAAAAGCUGUACAUGAUGACAACAGUUUGGACUUGCUAUUAGUCUGUGGAAGUGGGAGAUUUAGAUUGUUAAAAUUCUUUAUUUGCUUGCAAUUUGGUAGGCAUCUGGCCUUGCCUUAUGUGGACUAUAUUAAGGUAAAGUCUGUGAAAAUUAAGCCUGGCACAAGCACUCACAACGGCUGUGGUAUUGACGGGGAACUUCUUCAUGUCAAAGGCCAAGUUAUAUGUUCCUUGCUUCCUGAACAAUGCAGACUCAUCGGCCGUCCUGCCUGUAAAUAAGGGCUGCUAACCUGUGAAAUCUGCAGUCCUUCUGUCAGGAUGGUGCAUCUAUGUUAGUGUAUUGGAACAUUCAAAUUAUAUGACGAUAUGAGCACAACCUGUUUUACGUUAGAGGUCUGCCUUUUUUCCCCUCUUCAACAACUGGUGCAAUACUCAUGGUAAAACAUACGAAGGAUAAGAUCAGACUAAUGUUGCUCCUGAUGUCCCUGUAUACUCAUGUUUUUGCUCCUCGGAGAUGGAUCCUAGUUUUGUUGUUUGGUUCAUCGCACCAUGGUGUGUCCAUUCGAUUGCACAGCGCUUCGGCAGCAUAUUCUGAGUGAUCAUGUUGUUUGCUCCUCAGAACUGAACCCUAGUUUUGUUAUUUGGUUCUUUCC